AUGGCCCGUACGAAGCAAACUGCCCGUAAGUCGACCGGAGGUAAGGCUCCGCGCAAGCAGCUGGCCACCAAGGCUGCUCGCAAGAGUGCCCCGGCCACCGGAGGAGUGAAGAAGCCGCAUCGUUACCGUCCGGGAACCGUAGCCCUGCGUGAGAUCCGUCGCUACCAGAAAUCGACCGAGCUGCUGAUCCGCAAGCUGCCCUUCCAGCGUCUGGUGCGUGAAAUUGCCCAGGACUUCAAGACCGAUCUGCGCUUCCAGAGCUCGGCCGUGAUGGCCCUGCAGGAGGCCAGCGAGGCGUACCUUGUCGGCCUGUUCGAGGACACCAACUUGUGCGCCAUUCAUGCGAAGCGCGUCACCAUCAUGCCGAAAGACAUUCAGCUGGCUCGUCGCAUCCGCGGAAUGGCUCGUACGAAGCAAACUGCCCGUAAGUCGACCGGAGGUAAGGCUCCGCGCAAGCAGCUGGCCACCAAGGCUGCUCGCAAGAGUGCCCCGGCCACCGGAGGAGUGAAGAAGCCGCAUCGUUACCGUCCGGGAACCGUAGCCCUGCGUGAGAUCCGUCGCUACCAGAAAUCGACCGAGCUGCUGAUCCGCAAGCUGCCCUUCCAGCGUCUGGUGCGUGAAAUUGCCCAGGACUUCAAGACCGAUCUGCGCUUCCAGAGCUCGGCCGUGAUGGCCCUGCAGGAGGCCAGCGAGGCGUACCUUGUCGGCCUGUUCGAGGACACCAACUUGUGCGCCAUUCAUGCGAAGCGCGUCACCAUCAUGCCGAAAGACAUUCAGCUGGCUCGUCGCAUCCGCGGAGAGCGUGCCUAA